UCUUAUGUUCUGAUGUUCUAUAUAUAUCCCAUAGACGGAAACCUAGAAGGGCCGAGAAGAAACUGAGCAAACAACGAAGAAAUGGCAAAAUCUGCAGCUGCCCUCUUUACGACCAUAGCUUCCCUGCCCCUGCUGCUGUCCCUACUGCUCUGCGCUGCUGGGCCUUCACAGGGGACCUUGUUGCCAUGGGUUGAUCGACCCGGAAGCCUCUUCAGUGACCUCUGGGCGGACCCUUUCCGGGUCCUCGAACAGGUCCCCUCUGGGGUCGACAGGGGUGAGAGUUUGCCGCCUCUGCUUGCCCGGGUCGACUGGAAAGAGACGCCGGAGGGGCACGUGAUGAUGCUUGACGUGCCAGGGCUGAAGAAAGAAGAGCUCAAGAUCGAAGUGGAAGAGAACAGGGUGCUGAGGAUCAGCGGGGAGAGGAAGAGGGAGGAGGAGAAGAAAGGCGACCACUGGCACCGGAUCGAGAGGUCCUACGGCCGGUUCUGGAGGCAGUUCCGGCUGCCGGAGAACGUGGACAUGGAUUCCGUCAUGGCCAAGCUUGAGAAUGGGUUGCUCACCGUGACAAUGGCCAAGCUGUUCCCGGACAAGAUCAAGGGCCCGAGGGCGGUGAGCAUUGCCACCGGAGGUCAAGCGGAAGAGCCGGCUAAGCUCGAAAGUGAGCCCAAGCAAGAGCUGUAGAUCGAGUCGAAUUCCGACAUCCACCUCGCUCUAAUCUCUGGUUUUGCUUUCGGUAUACGGUGUUGAGCGACUCGAGUCCCGGCCAGGCAAACCUUUAGGAUGGAGAAAAUAAGGAGUGUCUUUGAUGUGUUAUGGUCGUACUGUGUAUGUGUUAUGUCUGAUGCAAUAUAAUCCGUUGGUUACGGAACAGAUAUUAAUGCGGAA